AUGGGCUUUGAUGACGCAGUGCAACAAGAACAAGAAUACCGGCUGCCCUCUCCAACCCCAAUGCCAGCCCCGGCGCUAAACGCGUUGUGCGAAGACGCCAUGGCCAAACCUGAAUUCCAAUUUGCCCUGCAGCGCGGGGGGCCCUGCGUGUGCGCGCCCGUUGCAGUCCUGCCCGUCGGGGGCUGCUCGAAUGUGCGCUGUUCUGUUCUGUUCUGUUCUGUUGCGCUCUGCCGUGCCGUGUCGUGGCGCAUAUCGGCGUGUAUGUGUGGUGUGGGUGGUACGGAGAAAACGCCCGCAAGACACAACACAACACCACACCACACCACACUACAUAACACCACACCACACAACACUAUAUCAGCGCCACCCCCCGAACUUCACCCCGUACUUCACCGAGUGGCAAGCCAUCCGUCUCCAUGUCCAACGUCCAGAUGCGCCUCGACUGGUAGUUGGUUCUAG